ACAUUGCAGAAAUAAAUAUCAAAACUCCAUGUAAUCUUGUAGUUGGUGUAAAAUUUUGAUGGUGUAUUAAUUUCUUCGCUUAUUGUAGACUAUUAGACUAUUAUUAGGAAACUAUCAUCUAUGUAAGUACGAAACAAUAACGAUAUUAGAAUGCUGCGUAUGAUUCGGAAUCCAGUCCUAGGUCAACGCUUUAUUAGGAAAACGUUUUCAUUCUCAGCCGUCGCCAAUAAACAAUACGUCAUAAAAGAUCACUACGAGUUCGAUCAGAAGGUUAUCAACAGUGACAACCCGGUGAUCGUCAACUUCCACGCCGAAUGGUGCGAUCCGUGCAAAAUAUUGACCCCUCAAAUGACAAAGAUGCUGGGCCCAUCGGAAGAGAUCGACCUGGCGAUAGUAAACGUAGACGACAAUGCCGAACUGGUGCAAACGUUCGAGGUGAAAGCAGUACCAGCAGUUUUAGCCUUCCGGAACGGAGUCGUGGUAGACAAAUUCAUCGGUCUCGUAGACGCCAAUAUGAUCGAAAACCUUAUAGGGAAACUGUCCAAGAAGAAGGUACAGUAGCACAAGUGCUUGAGGUCGCCGCAAGGGGUUCGUGACUAGAAUCGUGCGCUCGCGACAAGACAACCCGAGACCGCAGAACGGUUGUGGGAACUGUGCUAGACGGGGAACAAAACAACAACAACAAGAAAGACACCAUGUGUGAUGCUAUUUAUGUACAAUAACGAUGGCAAUACAGACCGUUACGCUAUAUACUUUAAUUCGUUACCAUUACGCCAAUAAAUUUAGGAUAUUACGAUGA